AUGCCCUCGCACUACACCCAGCGGCGCGCCGCCCCCUUCCUCGUCGCCUUCAUCUUUCUCUGCGCCGGCUCCUGGGUCCUCCUCCACCGCAUGACCCAGCACCCCUCCACGCCCGGCAGCCUCCUCGCCGCGUGGCUCCCCGACUACCAAUGCACCCGCCGCCCCCAGUCCAGCACAGGCCCGCAGGCGCCGCUCGACGACCAGCAGGUCGCGCGCAUGCCCGUGCGGCACACCCGCAUCGCCGUCGCCUCGGGGUACCAGCACCACUUCGAGGUGUACCUCACACUCGUGUCGACGCUCGAGCGCGUGUUCGGCAAGCUCGGCGCGCGCGGCGCGGGCGCGAGCGUGAGCGUGUACUCCCCGCCGUACGGGUACCGCUUCCAGGAGGUCGCGGACGAGAUCGGGCUGCACCACGGCGCGCACUACCCCAUCGAGCGCCUCGUGCCGGAUCUCUCGGACGUCACGGGCGACGGCGCGAUCGACAUGGUCGUCUUCGGGACGUGCGAGCUCGACAUCAACUGGUUCUCGGAGGCGCUGCUGGCGGCGUGGGACGCGCGGGACGAGGCGCACAAGUUCCAGCUGGUGUGCUUCGCGCACAGCGUCAGGGACGACACGCAGUGGCAGGGGCACAUCACCGAGUGGGCGCGCCGCGGCGCGUUCCGCGUGCUCACCCUCGGCGACCAGGUGACGGAGGGCUACCGCCGGCUCUUCGCGGGCCUCGCGGACGAUCCGGACCCGCGCAUUUACACCGCGGGGUACGAGUACGUCGCCGUCGACACGCACGUGCCCGUGCUCGACCUCCCGCACCUCCCCCCGCCGCCGGCGAACCGCACGCUCGCCAGGGCCGUCAUCCAGGGCACGUUCGAGGCGUACCGCCGCGACUACGACACCAUCUUCCGCGAGCUCAUCGCGGACCUCACAGUGGACCCCGGCGUGUGGGGCUACCUCCCGCUCGACGGGCGCGCGGCGUUCGCGCCGGACCCGCACGCGCCCCGCGCGCGGUUCGAGCUGCUCCUCGUCGGCUCGGGGGAGAUCGAGGUCCCGGGCGAGCUCGCGGGCGUGGUCAGCGUGCACCGCGACCUCGACUACCCCGAGUUCUACGCGCUCAUCGCGGGCGCGGACGUCCUCCUCCCCGCGUUCUCGCAGUUCGGCUACUACGAUAACCAGGCGAGCUUCACGACCUCGACGGCGGUGCAGCUGAACAUCCCGAUGCUGGUCACGAACCGCACGCGGCGCGCGUACGGCUACCUCGACGAUCCGCGCGCGGUGAUCACGCGCCCCGCGGCGAUGCACGACGUCGCGGCGCUGCGGGCGCUGCGCACCGGGGACGCGGCGCCGUUCGACGACGACGGGGGGCCCGCGCGGGUGCGCGCGGCGGUGCGGGAGAUGCUCGCGGCGGGGUGGGUGCGCCCGCGCGCGGGCUUCGAGGCGUACAAGCGCGAGGUGUGGAGGCGGAACGAGCGGGUGUCGGAGCGGCUUGUGCGGGAUCUGUGA